UUAGUGGUAUGUAUGAAUGAGAGAGAGAGAGAGAAAAUCUGAACUGAAAAGACUUGCGGUAGAAUAGCUCUGCCGUCGCCAGGCAACUGACCUGACGCAACCAAAAAAAAAGUCCCUAAAAAAAAAAAAGAAUAGCACCGCGAAUUCACAGGAGCAUGGGAGAAAAAGGGAGGGAGCGAGAGGGAGAGGCAGCUACUGAGACAGUAAUCAAGAGGCAAGGAAGCAAAGAAAGCCACACCACAAAUAACAAGUUGGGUGUAUGAAGGAAGAAGACAGAGAAAAUAUGCCUCUGGAAUAUUAAACGGGACUGCCUCAUCUGUGUGCGUGUGUGUGUGUGUGUGUGUGUGUGUGUGUGUGUGUGUGUAUGUGUGUGUGUGUGUGUGUGUGUGUGUGUGCGUGUGCGCGCGCGCCCCGGGGCACUCCGAUGCGUGGAUGUGUGCAGAAGACAGAAGAGCAGGACCUGAGACUUCUGCUGCUACUGUCAUUUGAAGGACCUUGAUCCCUCCUCCGGGGGCCAGCAGCAACACAGUCCUGUGGAUCCUCUAUGCCAUCAUCCAGGCAAUGACCUCAAGAGCCUGGGGCUGAGGAGAAGGAAGAAGAGGAGGAGAAGAACUGCACUGUGUUGCCAGCAACCCUCAAUGCUUUGGGGAACCAGGAGGUUGUAGGAUGGCUACACCUCAGAUCCACAUAGAAGAAGUGGUAGGUGGAGAAGGAGGGUACUUAGGGGCAACCCCUCCUCCUGAUGACCACCUUCUGAGCCUGAAAGUCCUCACAGAGAAACUGAGGCUGCAGACUAGAAGGCCUUCCUACCUGGAAUGGCAGGCCAAGCUAGAGGAGCAGACAUGGAAUUUCCCUAGGUCUACUGAUGAGCAGGAGGAGAAAGAACCAAGGAAAUUCAGAGAAGAGGAGUCGCCUCCCCUGAGAAAGUUACAACAGCAGCUACAUGAAAGUAACAGUCAGGACCAGCCACCUCUGACUACUAGAAAAUUGGAUAGCUUUGAGAGUAUUGAUGAAGCUUUGCAUUGGCUAAGGAAGGAACUGGCAGAGAUGCGGUUGCAGGAUCAGCAGCUGGCCCGGCAGCUGAUGCGCCUCCGCAGCGACAUCAACAAGCUGAAGAUCGAGCAGACCUGCCACCUCCACCGGAGGAUGCUCAAUGAUGCCACCUAUGAGCUGGAGGAACGGGAUGAGCUGUCCGACCUCUUCUGUGACUCCCCCUUGGCCUCCUCCUUCAGCCUCUCCACCCCACUGAAGGUCAUUGGAGUGACCAAGAUGAACAUCAACACCCGCAGGUUCUCCCUCUGCUGAAGGAGGAGGAGAUGUGGAGGUCAUCAAAGGGCUGGUGGAAGUAAAGGGUUGGCAAGGGAGGGACACAAGCUUAGAUGCUUGUCAGCGGCAGGGCAAGGCCUACGUGGAGGUGGAGAGUGCCCAAGCAGAGCCAAGCUUCCCGAGGAGCUACCAGGUCCUGUCCAAUGGCUGGGCUGUGCCGGGGUGACUCAGAUCCACCAGAAAUGAGGAUGUAGCACUCUCAAGGAGAUGUUAAUGGGGUCAUGGAAGCCUUCAAGGCUUCUUAUCCACUUAAUAUCUGACUCAUCCUUCUAUAAACUGUUUUACUAGUGAUAGUGCUAUAAGAGAUUGAUUCCUUCCAACCUCUUACUCGAGCCUCCCCUCCAUCCCAUGCCCAUGUGCCUGUGAACACAAAUCACUGGUGCUAUGACCAGGGCUCCCAAAGGGAGGAAAAAGUCUCCCUGCCCCAGGCACUGUGGCCCUACCCUUGUCCCUGAAGGAUCUCCAUGGGCAUCAGAUAUUAUGUACCCCCAAAAGUAUAGGGAGGUGAUCCUUGUGCUUGGUGUAACCAUCUCAGUGUCAAUGUCCCCUCAGUGUUGACCAAGAAGUGCUCUCCAUGUAUUUGAUUCAAAUCAAAUCAAUUCCAUAAGCAUUUAUUAAGAACCUAUUAUGCUUGAGGUACUGUGCUAGGCACAGUGGAUACAAAGAGAAAAAAAUAAUAGUGAUGUCUUCCCUCAAGGAGCCUGCAUUCUUCUGAGUAAGUAGCAGGGCUCCUCCAUUUGUGCAGUUAGGAUCAUGUGUUCCUGGGUGCUGGCAUUACAACCCAAGAGUCAGAUCCUUUUGGCAAGACAAGGUAAAACUGUUGCCAGUUUUUGACUCGGGCUCUUGGGAGGCAAUUGGAAGAGAAUGCCAUUUGUGCCAGGUAGUCUGAUGGGCCUUCUCCAGUGUAACAAGUGAGGGACAGAUCCUGAACCUAGAUUUUACUGUCAUUGAGCAGAAAAUACCCAUGAGAACCUCCAAAGAGGCCCUGUAAUUCUGCUCCUGUUUCUCUAUCUCCCCUCAUGACCAAGGGAUCACCAUGUAAGACCACAAUUGAUUGAGCUCAAUUUUCCUCCUAAGGGUACCCGCCAGGCUCACCUGUGAGUGCCAGAAAAUGCCUCUUUAUUGAGCUUGGUAGUACCACCUCCCUAAUCUUAUUUCCAUUUUUAUUGCCUUCCCACAAAGACAAUCAAAUCAGCUAUCACCAAGCCUCUCUAUACAUCCAACCAGUUUCCCCAUUCUGAUUGAAUUAAACAGUUAUUUACAAUAGCAGGUAACUGAAUGAUUCUAUCCAAAGGGAGGAACUGGUUGAUGUGAUAGAGCAUCCGGCCUAGAAGAAAUGCUUUCUCUUUUCAUAGGGCCAUAUUCACUGGGACUAUGAGGGCCAAAAUCUGAGAGAACUCAGACUUAACAAAUCUGAAAAAAAAUCAAUGUAAUGUUAUAUGUCAAAAUAUCCCCAAGUCAGCAAUAGUUGAACUAUAAAAGCGUUCAUUUCAGAACUAGGAAAUACCAAUGAUAUCAUCUCGUCCAGCUCCCUUGUUUUGAAGGCUCUGUGCACACAAUGACUUGUUCAAAGUCAUAAAGCUACUUAGUAAUGUAUGAAUUUAGCCAUUAAUGUACAGGUUAUAUUUGUCUACAUUCAACUUCCAAGAGUAACUCCUAACUUUUACUUUAAUGCAGUCUCCUCACACUGCCUGUGCAUUCCAGCUCAGAUGAUUUACCACUCCACCUCCCCACUGUAAACUCCUCUCGUUUGAGUUUGGAAUGUUUUGUCCAACCCCGGAUGGUGUCUGGACAGAAGAGAGCACACUGAUUGACAUUACCACUCUUUAAGCACCACAUCCCAUUGCUCUUUUUUUUUUUUAAAGCUCCAUGGGGAUUGGUCAACACACUUUUAAGGGUUUUUAUUCUGUUUCCUGAUCAAAGUCAUUUUCUCCCAAUCCAUAGCACAACUCCAACAAAGACAAAAAACACCCACACUUUGCAGAUAAGAGGCUAGGCUAGAGCAUAAGCAAUUAAUUCAUUGGAAUAUGUAAGUAAGGGAAAGAGCAAAGAAGAGAAGCAUGAAGGUUUUGGAGGGAAAUCAAUGACUCAUAGCUGGUAAACAAUAACUUGAACUGCUUCCAGACUUUUCUAGGGGCCAAAGGACUUCGUUAUUUCUGUCACCUGAAGCAGGUGGCAGAAGGACAAGAUAGUGUUCUAACAUAAAGUUACCCAGAGCUUAGGUUUCUAGCUUCUGAUAUGAAAAUAAAAGGAAGUUUGUGGCCCAAGUAUGGCCUUGGUGAGGAAGAUCUAAGAACAAGGGCAGGUACUGGGCUCCUGCUCUAAAUACAUUUUGUAAAAGCUGGAGACUAGCUUAAUAAUGACUCCAAUGAUUACUUAGAAACACCAAUGGACUCUAAAGAGGCAUUCCUGAGCUUCUUGGAGAAAAAGGCCUUUAAUGCAAUAGGAAAGUGCAGUGUUAGUAUGAACAGAAACCUAGUUUAUUAUGAGAUAGAGAAGAUACUGUCUUCUCCCAUGUCUACAGAGACAUACAAAUGGUGUCACACGUACUGAAGCUAGACACCCAGGUACUCACAAAUGUACUCACAUGCCUAGAACAUAGCCAGAACAAUUUUAGACCUAUAUGAUGGGAACUGACCAACUUGAAUUGCACUCCCAUUUUUAGCCCAAGUCAAUAAUCUGAGUCAUGAUCAAUCCAAUAGAUAACGCAAAAAUCAGCCCUUAAGAUAGAUGGAAAAAAUAUGGUUUCACCCAUUAACUGACUCAAUACAUUCACUUAUUUAACUCAUAGUUAUUGAGUACAUGGAACUAUCCUAGGCAUAGAGAGGGCUACACUGGUAAACAUAAUAUGGAUUACCCCACCACCACCACCAAGAGUUUAUGGUCUAGUAGAAGAGACAAAUACCUACAAUCAAGGGACAAGUGCAUAAAAGAGGCUUGUAUAAAGCCCUGUGGGACUUCAGAGAAGGUAGGCAGUUUCUGCCAUGUGACUGCAGGCAUCUCAAUAGUCUCCAUUUUCCCGGAAUGAUUCAUUUAAGAUGGUGGGGCAUUCCUAUCACUUUUCCUGUUUCAGUCAUAGUUUUGUGUUGAGAGAGUUCCUUUGUGGAUUGCUCCUGCCUUAGGCAAAUUGUUACACAGAUAAGCUCAGUCUCCUUUCCCCUCCCCACCCUCCACAACACAAAUUUAAUUGUUCGAGGUAGGCCUUAACUCUCUGCCAGUGGAGUCACUAGAUUUAUAAAGGGUAGUUAGUUACUAGCCCAAUGUUUGUAUUAUGUCUCCUGCUUGCGUUGCUUCCUUAAUCUGUUCAUUAGUUCCUGUGCCAAGUAUCCCUUAGGUGUGACAUUCAGCAGACAUACUGUUGUGUCUAAGUAACAUUGUCUAAUGGCUUCGUACCUAUGGUAGCCAAGCAUAGUGGCCUGGAGACCCUGAGAUAUCCUGACAAAGGUCUUCUCCGGUUUUGGGAUCUCCUCCAAUGUAUCUCCUAGCAAUACCAAGUGCUAUUACAUAGCUGACAGACAAUUUCUAAUUUUAUUUUUUAUGAUCAUUUGUUUCUAUAUUGCUGUUAGAAAAAGCAAAAUUAAAAAAAAAUAAUAAAAGUUGUGCAUUUUAGAAGACAA